AUUGACUGUCUCACUUCAAGGACAAUGAUUUGUCAUAAUUUUAUUAUUAUUUUGUCCCUAUCAUAGUCUUGUGGUGGUUAAUUAGUGGUUCACCAAAUUAAAAGCUUUCUAAGACCUGGUUGUGUGCACAUGAUUUCUAAAGAGACAACAAUGCUGCUUUUGUAAUCCUUCUUCCCUUUCCCAAUCACUGCAAUAUCUGUCAGGAAUAUUGUAUUAUGCCCUUCUGAUUGUAAUAGUGUGGAAGUGUUUGUAUUUAUCAUGAGUAAAACCACACCCCUAAACUGCAACGCUGUAGUCCACAGGGGUCACUGUUAUUGUUGUAGUUUCAUUUCUGGAUCAGUUUCGUUUCAGCAGAAGCUCCACCUUUCUGUCUAUAAAAAGACUUGCAUGUGUGUGUCUACUCUGUGUGUACAAGAUGGACUUGGGCACAAUUGUAGCUCUUGGAGCCGGAGCAGUUGGUACUGUGGUAGCAGCUCCUUUAGUGGUUUCGGCUUUGGGUUUCACCGCCACUGGGAUCGCUGCAGGAUCUGUUGCUUCAUCAAUGAUGUCAGCAGCAGCUGUUGCUAACGGUGGAGGCGUAGUCGCCGGAGGGGCCGUUGCAGUCCUGCAGUCCAUCGGUGCUGCUGGACUUUCAGUCGGAGGACAGGCGGCCCUGGCGGCUUCGGGAGCUGCUGUGAGUGGAGUGACUCAGUGGCUCGUCUCUUCAGUCACAUCCUAAUUUUUAAUUUGUCUGUGUGCAUCGACUUAUUCUGAUCUUGAAGACCUUACGCUUGUUUGCACAUACAUGAAUGGAAAAAAUAUAUAUACUGCAUUUGUGUUAGCGCAUUGUGUCCGCCUCCUAUUUGACUAUAUGUAUAAAAUGAAUAAAAUGGCUGCACAAUGGAACUCUA